CUAAUAUUGAUAUUGACCCAGACCUCCAAGUUCAACACUAGCGCUGCUUAUCAAAAAAAAAAAAAAAAACACUAGCGCCUGAGUUCACAGUCCUCGAUCCCAAGCAGAGAUAAUAAUAAUAUCAUUCUUUCUUCUUCUUCUUCUUCUUCCUCUGCGCCAUGGCUCCGAAAGCGAUUGCGAGUCCCAUCCCAGACGCGUGGUACCCAACCCUAUCGGUCCUCAUGCUCGCGAUCGGACUCGUCGUCACCGCCUCUUUCUUCAUCUAUGAAGCAACCUGUUCCAGGAAAACCCGCAGUCUUGCGAAGGAGCUUGUAACAGGAGCAGUGGCAUCUGUCUUCUUGGGUUUUGGGUCCUUGUUCUUGCUGCUUGCUUCUGGUGUUUAUGUCUGAUUUUUGAACAAUGGAUAUAAAGAAUUUUGUCAAGCAGGAUUAGUUUUACAUGGAGGGUGUUACUUUUGACAUUAUUAGUUAAACAUACUCUAUGGUUUUAAUGAAAUUAAGACGGUUUCCAUAAAAAACAUUAAUGUUUUGUUGUGUCAGUUGACGGAAGAAAGAUGAAGUGAUAUGUGGUAGCUUUUCAGCAUAAUUUGUCUCAGAAAUAUUGUUAAGGUUGCUAUUAAUUUGGAAAUGAGAGUAAUGAAUUGCUUCUUCUUCUU